AGUUCGAGGCGAAGCUUGAGUAGAGUCGGUCGUCGGUCGAAAACAACCGGUAGUGACGUGAAGAAUAUUGCGAGAGUUCGAAUAUCGGCGUUCCGUCGAAAAAUAAAAGACAAACACGGAGACCGUCGGCGGCGCCAUGGUGCUACAGGUGUUAGAUAUGGUGGCCUCUAACUCGGGCGAGCCGUUCUACGGCGACUGUCCGAUGUCGUAUAUAAAUUUGGACGUCAACACCACCGGACAACCGACUUGUACGGUUCUGCCGCAAGGAGUUUACGGACAAUUGAGGAGUCCGGCUUGUCCGACAUCGGAUGAAAUGCGAGAUGACGGAUCACCCCCUCCUGGUGGCGCCCUCACCGGAUACCUUCAACAACUCCAAAGGAGUCCCGCCUAUCACCAUCCGAAAGAUGGAUACAAAAGUACGUGUCCGCCAAGGAGUGAUUCUACGGGCGGCAAUUUCGGCGCGAUGGACCAGAACAACCUGCAAACGUUAAACGGCGACGACGGCACCCACAUUUUUCCGACGCCACAUUUUUCACCCGACGAACACGAGUAUCAGGCGUCGCUUGAGGCGCACCAACAGUUCAUCGACAGUUCUCCGGAAUUUUAUUCGAACCACAUCUUGGAACAGAAGUACAAUCCUGCCGCCGCGCACAAUUAUGUUAAAAAUUUCGUUCGAGGAACCGGAAGGUUCAACGAGGGCUACCCGGAAACGUACGGCUCCCCCUACGAAACCACCUCCUUCCAAACGGUUCCAAGCGCCGCCAACAACGGACCCGAGCAGUGGGGCCACAGCCACGAAUUAGCAUUGGGGCACCAUCCCCACACGCAUCCUGCGUUCCUCUCUGCAGGCAUGGGUAGGGAGCAACUGAACACGAUGCAAGAUACGAAACCUAUGAUCCAAAACGGGAUGAUAGCCGGAUAUCCGACGAAUCAGGGAGCGGGAGGACCUUGCUUUACAGGAUCAGGACCGAUCCAGCUGUGGCAGUUCCUUCUCGAGCUACUUACCGACAAAUCGUGUCAGGCGUUCAUAUCUUGGACAGGCGAUGGAUGGGAAUUCAAACUCACCGAUCCUGACGAAGUAGCCAGAAGGUGGGGCAUACGAAAGAAUAAACCGAAAAUGAACUACGAGAAAUUAUCGCGAGGACUUCGAUACUACUACGACAAGAAUAUCAUACACAAGACUGCUGGUAAACGAUACGUUUACCGAUACGUCUGUGAUUUGCAGACUUUAUUAGGAUACAGCCCCGAGGAGCUUCACGCGAUGGUGGACCUCAAGCCCGAAAAGAAAGACGAUGACUGAACUGAACAACCAUCUCCAUUCUCACAAAAGUAUCAAAAAUAGUGUCAACAUUGGCAUUCAUGCUAGAUAAAAUUGGUGCCUCUCUAAUAGUUGAAUCAAAAUCAAAUUUCAAAUCGACAACAAUGUGUCUAAAUUUUUUUCCCGGCUAAUACUGUUGAAAAAACAUCCUGGAAAAGUUUCAAAUUGAAACAGUUUGUUGCCAAGUAUGCAAAAUUGUCUUGUAUUAUGAAAUUAACGAAUAUGCACGAACAAAUAUAAGUUAUAAAGAAACAGUUUUUGAAUACCUAAAGAUAUUUUACAGAAAAUGAAUGUUCAAAAAAAUGUUAGUGCCAUCCAUAAAAUGCCACAAUAUCUUAUUCAAUGGAAUUAAUCUUGUGCGAGGUGUUUGUCUUGCAAAUACUCCUUCCGUUAUUAUCGGAAUUCUUUGACAGUCGUUUCAAAUUGGCUCACAUUUAUACAUUUUUUAUUUAAUUUAGGUAUUUUCUCAAAGGACUCACAUUUUCAAGGUAAUUGAGAAUCAACCAGACAUAGGUUUUACAAUUUUUCAAGUUCUCUUCUUUUCACUUUCAAUCAUUCUUGGUUGACUCUCUUUGUUUCCAGAAAGCUCUGGAAUUAUCUGUGAUUCUUACCAAAUAAAGUAUUUUUAUAUCGAUUUACAGUUGAUAUUUGAACGCCUGUAACUUUCAAAUCUAUCUUUCUAGUACUUGCACAAAACGAAAAUUCUCACACUGAACAAAAAUCGACAACACAUUAGUGAUUUUUUGAUAAUAAUUAUAAUAUUCGUUUCCAAAAUGAAAAAUUCAAGGAUGAGGGUCGCUGUUUUAGGCCCCAAGAAUAUAUCACAAUACUAUGAGUAUUUCAAAUCAAUAAAGCGGAACACUGUAAAUAUUAAUAUUGUGAUAAGCCUAUUGAAUCAUAGUUUAUACUUACAAAUAGUUUUCGUGAGAUACGUGUUGGAAAAUAUUGAACGAUUUUUAUGUUUGGUGAUCAGUCGGGAGUUUCAGAAAAAUCAACCCAAUUUCCUAGCUUUUGCUCUAGUUGGUAAUUUAAAUGAUAUUAUUGAUGUUGCAAUUUGCUGUUACUAUGAUUUUUUCAAUGUUUCAUUCUCCUCCCGAACAACACAAGGAUAUCCAAUAGAUAUCCGCUGAACGUCCAGUUUAUGUCCAACGGAUAUCUUCUGAAUAUCUUAUGGAGAUUAUCAUUUCAUGUUCAAGAAUAUUCCGACCUGAAGUGGACAUGAAUUGGAUAUCCAUACGAUAUCCAGUGGCUCAUUCCAUUUCUGACACCAAACCAAUGUGGUGAACAUCAAAUAACUUUGAAUUAUCAUUUUUGGCGGUGCUUUUUGAUAUGAAUCAUCAUAACAACUGAAAUUGAGUUGGUUUAACCUCGUACUUCUCUCCACUGGUCAAUAAUCUGUUAAAUUUUUUUACUAUUUGACAUGUGUUCUGACGUCAUCUUGCAAUAUUUAAUGAACUGUUUUCCAUUCAUGUUGACGAGUGUCGUUGAAUACUAUUUUUAUGAAUGUGGUCUCAAUAUUCGACUGGUCAAUUGUUGAAAAGGAUUGUGCGAGAGUUUCUGUGAACUUUCACAGAAGUACAUCCAAAUAGAGCAUUUUAUUUCUGGAAUAUUCCACCAUCCUUCUCAACUGACGAUCAGUUUAUUUUUUGUAAGUAUGUUUUAUUUUUUAAGUUAUUAUUAAAUGAGAACACAAUCGUUCGAAAAAAACAGGUGUGGAUCUCGUUGUAAGGGGUCCUCCUGCAUAUUUGUGUUUAUCAUACAUAUAAUUAUUGUACUAAAUGAGAUGUUUCAAUAAAAAUAUAUUGGUAUUACCA